UUACCGAGGAACUCCGGAGAGAAGUCAUACGUCAAAAGAGAGGGGAAAAAACAGCCGUGCGGUCCAGUGUAAUCCCAAUGGAGAAAUUUCCAGUUCAAAUGAUCAAUCUCAACACUCCCAAUGGUAGCAAUGAUGUCGCCCUAUUGGACGGAGGAUAUCAAAAUACCGAGCCCAAACAGCUGAACAUUGCGACCCCGUUGGUUUUAGCCUUCAUCUGUGUGGUCGGUUUUGCUGGAAAUGUCCUGGUUAUUGCAGUUUUGAUCAACAAAACAAGGAAGGGUCGAACUUCGAUGAUAAAUUCGUUGAUACUCAACUUGAGCGCGGCUGACCUCCUGAUUAUGGCGUUUUGUGUCCCCUUCAGGGCCGUGGCUUACUCCAGGCCGGUCUGGACUCUCGGCUGGUUUACAUGCAACACGGUGGAUUGGUUCUUGCAGAGCUGCAUGGCCGCCAAAAGUUUCACCUUAGCCACGCUGGCCAAAGCUUGUUUCAUGUACGUUUCACACCCGUCCAAGCAAGUCCAAAUCAGGCAUCAGAAAGUCGCCGUGCUCAUUGUGUGUAUCUGGGCGCUGGCGUUCAUCCUCUCCGCGCCUCACUGGAUCACCGCGAGUGUCAGCAGUGAAUCGAAGAAGCCGAUGUGUGUUCUUGACUGGCCGCAACGCGCAUCCAAAUUUCUGGCGGUAUUUGCAAAGUUGUACCCCGCGUUGGUUUACUGCCUUCCUGUGAUCUGUACUUUCGCUUAUCACUGGAAGGCUUUCUGGAGAUGCAAGCGCAGAGGAGCUAAAAACCAGAACCUGCGGAAUCAGAUUAGAGGGAAGCGACUGAACGACAUGCUUUUCGGAGUCAGCCUGGCCUUCGCCACCAUGUGCGCUCCAGAAUGGGUGGUGUGGCUGUGGAUUCGCCACAUCCACAAGGACGACCCUUCGCCACCUGCAGCUUUCGUCCUGUUCUCUCAAGUCCUAGUGUUCAGCAUCUCUUCGGUUAAUCCGCUCAUCUUCGUGGUGAGGUCUGAAGAGUUUAAAGAAGGGUUCAUGGGCGUUUGGAAAAGGCUGAUCUCCAGUAAGCCGCGUACAUCUCCCAGUCUCUCGGGUGCACAGCCCGAGCCGCCCAGAUCAGAGAGUCUCCCGACCAACCAGUAUCAGCAAGAGAAAGCGGUCCAAGUCCCAGACAGCGAUAUCGCCCAAGAAAACGCGGAGAGCCCCACAAAUAAAACGGACAACAUCGUCCUGUCCGAUAUGGAACAAUUUUGGGAGGAGAGACACAAGGCGGUCGCUAGUGUCGAAGAAGACCCGAUUCCCUGGGAACAUCAGAGUGGAUCAGAUGCACCGUGCCCCGACACCGGCAACAAGAUGUGA